AUGGGUAGCAUAGAAGAGACAGUAUUCAGGCCGAAGAAGUAUAACACUGAGCUCACCGACUACUCGACAGUUCAUGCCGAUAAAACUGGGCCAUAUGCCGAAAAUCUCGAGGUCGAUGCUUUGGUCGUCGGUGCCGGUUUUGCCGGUAUCUUUAUGCUCAAGAGCCUUCGCGAUCGCGGCUUGAAGACGGUUAUUUUCGAGGCCGGCAACGACACGGGUGGCACCUGGCGAUGGAACUGCUACCCCGGCGCCGGAGUCGAUUCCGAAGUCCCGGAGUACGAGUUCCCCUGGCCCGAGGUAUACAACACGUGGAACUGGCCCAACAACUACCCGGACUACAAAAAUCUGCGUGAUUACUUUGACCACGUCGAUAAAGUAGUUGGCGUCAAGAAGGACUGCGCUUUCAACACCGUUGUGGUUGGAGCCCAGUUUGAUACGAUCGAGGGCAAAUGGAAUAUCAAAACUGCAGAUAGUCGUACGACCAAGGCCAAGUAUCUUGUCCUUGGAACCGGUUUUGCCGCCAAGCGCUAUAUUCCUCCAUGGACCGGCAUGGAUAAAUUCAAGGGUGUCGUGCACCACUCAUCCUUCUGGCCAGAGGAAGAAAUCGAAGUGAAAAACAAGCGCUGUGCUAUCAUCGGUACCGGUGCCUCGGGUGUGCAAAUUACGCAGGCAUGGGGCCCAAAGGCGGGCGACCUCAAAGUCUUUCAACGGACUCCCAACCUCGCUGUACCCAUGCGUAAGCGCAAUCUCACUGUUGAGGAGCAGGAGCGCAUCAAACCAUACUACCCAGAGCUGUUCCGGUACCGCGAAACCACCUUUGCCGGCUUCCUGUAUGAUUGGUGCGAGCGCAACACCUUUGACGACACACCCGAGGAGCGGGAUACCUUCUACGAGAGUGUCUGGAACGAAGGUGGCUUCCGCUAUUGGGUUGCUGUGUACAAAGAUAGCUUAAUCAACCCCGAAGCCAACAAAGAGACGUACAAUUUCUGGGCGAAGAAGACCCGUGCUCGUAUCGGUGACCCCAAAGCAAGGGAGUUACUUGCGCCCCGGGAGAUGCCACACUAUUUCGGAAUCAAGCGGCCGUGUCUUGAAAAGACCUAUUAUGAGCAGUUCAAUCGGGAAUCAGUGCACCUAGUUAACAUCAAGGAUAACCCGAUCAAGGAGUUUACCGAGACCGGUAUCACCCUCGAGGACGGAACCCACCAUGAACUUGAUGUCAUUGCUGUUGCAACUGGAUUUGAUGUCGUGACCGGCGUCAUGACCCAGCUCGGUCUGAAGAGCAUCGACGGCGCCGAGCUCGAGAAGGAGUGGAUACCAGGCGCAAAGACCUACCUCGGUACCACCGUGAGCGGCUACCCCAAUAUGUUCCACAUCUACGGCGCACAUGGCCCGACGCUCUUGAGCAAUGGCCCCACGUCGGUCGCGGUGCAGGGCCGUUGGAUUUCCGAUGCCAUUGCCAAGAUCGAGGCCAAUAACAUCAAGUAUAUCAAUCCCAAGAUUGAGGCCGCUGAUAAUUGGAAGAAUCAUGUUGUGAAUCUCAAUAACAGGACCCUAUUCCCCACGACGCAGUCCACGUACAUGGGUGGCAGCAUCCCUGGCAAGGUCUUUGAGCCAGUGUGCUACUCUGGUGGUAUCCCCGCUUAUGCAAGCGAGAUUCGACAAGCCCUAGAUAACUGGAAGGAGGGAUUCGACGUCGUCAAGGCUUGA